AUGGACCUGGACCCCACCGUCGUCAUCCCCGCCCUCCUCUUCACGGUAGUCGCCGUGUACUUCGCCUCGUCGCUGCUCAGUCGGCUACGGGAUGACAUCCCUCCGUCCAGGGCUCUGGCUCCGCGCCGACCCGAGCCCGCAGCCUCCCCGCGGAUAGAGCCUCCUGCCCCCGUUGUGGAAACCAUCAAAGCCGCGGAGGUCAUCCCGGAAACCAAGGCUGAACCAGAACCAGUAUCUGCACCAGAACCACCUGCAGCACCAGAACCAGUACCUGAGCCCGUAUCAGCACCAGAGCCUGUCCCAGAACCAGUAUUGGCAGUAGUUACCACGUCAGAACCUGUAUCAGCACCAGAGACUGUACCAGAACCACCCGCAGCACCAGAACCUGUCCCAGAACCAGUACCCGAACCUGUUCCUGAACCCGUAUCAGAACCAGAACCUGUCCCUGAGCCGGUAUCUGUACCAGAGCCAGUCCCAGAACCAGUAUCAGUGCCAGAACCUGCCCCAGAACCUGUCCCAGAACCAGUAUCAGUGCCAGAACCUGUCCCAGAACCAGUAUCAGUGCCAGAACCUGCCCCAGAACCUGUCCCAGAACCAGCUCCAGCACAGGAACCUGUCCCAGAACCAGAACCAGUAUCAGUACCAGAACCUGUUGUGGUGCCUGAGCCGGAACCAGAGAAACCAGUGGAGGAGCCGGCACCUGUUCCAGAACCAGAACCAGUACCAGAGGUGGUCCUGGACAACGACUUGGCUGCAGCUGAAGAUAAGGUGACGUUCACUCCAGGGAAGAAACAGAGCAAGUUUGAGACGCUGAUGACCAAGGAGGAGAUCGAAGAGGAGCAGAGGGUGCAACAGGAGCAGCUGGCGGCCAUCUUCCGUCUUCUGAGGGAGAACCAGGAGGCGCUGGGGGAGGUGACGGAGGGCGACAUGGAGGAGCAGCUCAAACUCUACUCGCUCUGAGGCCGGAGCCGGUUACCACGGCAACGCUACCCCCCCCUCCAUGUACAAUACAGUAGGUUUUUAGGAAACAUCUGUAUCUAUUUUAUCAGUUUAUCAAAAAUAUACGGAAACAUCACUAUGAAAUAAGGACUAGAGGUGGAGUCUGGACCUAAAACCAGGACCACGUCAAGAACCAGGUCCAGUUCCAGAUCCAAGUCUGUAACGGAUCAUGUUCUAAGUUAUAUUUAAAACAGGAAACUAACAUGGAAUCACAGUCAUGAUGCUAACACGUAGACAUUUGAGUUCCAUCUGUAAAGCUGUGGUCAUGAGGCAUUCUGGGACCCAUGAGGCAUUCAGGGACCCAUGAGGCGUUCAGGGACCCAUGGGUUGAAUACGUAAACAGUAGAUGAUGCUUUUAGCUGCGAUAUACGACUGCAUUCACACCUACAGUCUGCACUGUUUCAGGGAUCUGUUCAUUGAAUAUUUACUGCUAAUCACAUAAUGGUAGGUCGACGCCCAUAAAGCCUCAUAGAUCGGUGUCAUUUUCACUUGUUUUGAGUCUGACCUGUUUUCACAUUUUAAGACUGAGCCAUGACGUAAAGUUCAAUUAUUUCUUUAAUGACGACAAACAGCUUUGAAUAAUCACAAACCAGCUUUAAUUCUGUUCAUUUUGUUGCUGAAAACAUCCAGAUUUCAUUUGUGUGACUCACAGCUGGCAGCGGCGUCUCCAAACUCCAAAUUAAUGCUCAUUCCUGUCGUUUCCACAGCUGUUUAUAUGAUGAAACUGUGAAAUAAUGAGAAAAAUUUUACAGUGAAUUUAGUUUAUUACAGGUCUUAUUUUAUUUAUUUUAACAUUUGCUUAUUUUUAGACCGUUUCAUAGAAUUUACCGUCACUGUUUGUUGUCAUUUUAUUCUGUAACUUCAUAGCUUUAGUCAUUUUUAAUGUUUGAAUUUUAUUUAUUUCAAUAAUUUCUUAAUUUGUGUUCAUUCAUUGUCCCGUCUGAUCCAAAGAUGACAUUAACGGUGUUAAAUAAGAUUGUGCCUUCUGAAAAAACUCUGAUUUCAUUAAACUGUUCUUGUUUCGACUCGUAUGAAUAAAUUAAUCUGAUUACACAAGUUUUUGCAAGAUAACAUUUAUUUAAAGGAGCGACUGGACUGUAUUUAACCUUUAAUUAUUACGAUUUUUUCCUCUGAAUAUUGCAAAUAGUUUUGUAAUUGUCUUUAUUUUACUCUUUAGGAGCAGCCGCAUUGUUGCAUUCUGGGUAAUGUAGUGUUUUUCUUUAGUUCUUUUGAUGCUUUGUUGGUUUUCUUGUUUUUAGAUGAGACUGGAUUUAUUAACAUAUUUUAAUGGAAAUGUUGUGACUUUUUCAUGACAAUAAAGACAAAUAAUUAAUAAA